AUGGAUUCAACCACAGUUCCAAGAACCUCUGCGGGAAGUACUCCAUCUUCGAGUCCAGGUCUAUUUAGUCCUUCCCACUUCCAUCGUCAACCCGUACCUCUGUCCGACCACGGAACUCCUCAUUCGAGUCCUUAUUUACACCCUUUGCAGAUGCACAAAGUAAAAGAAACUCACAAAGCACAAGUCGAACAAGAUUUCAUUACCGGAAGAAAACUCAUAAAUCAAUAUGAGAUCAUCGAUGAAAUUGGGAGAGGUGUACAUGGAAAAGUUAAAUUGGCUCGGAGCCUUGAAACUCAAGAUUAUGUCGCCAUCAAAAUCAUACAAAGAUUUUCAAAGAAAAGAAGACUUGGGAGAGUUACGGUCUCUCCCGAAGACAAAACGAAGAGAGAGAUUGCCAUUCUCAAGAAAAUUCGUCACCCCAAUGUCGUCGGCCUAUUGGAAGUUAUUGAUGAUCCGGAGUUGAAAAAAAUAUACAUGGUUCUUGAACAUGUCGAAUUAGGAGAAAUAGUGUGGCGUCGGAAGGGAGUUCGCAAGAUAUCCUUAUAUGAACGGCGUAGAAUCGAAAGAGAAAUUAGGGGAGAGGAUGAUCAGGGAAAUGACGAGGCAUAUUUCGAGACACUUAAACGUCGACGAGAAAGGAAAGAGAUGAAGAGGGCAAAACUUCUACAGUAUCAAGGAAAUGGAGAAUUCUGGAGUUUGGAACAUGGGGAUGAUGACGAAAAAGAAGAAGAACGUUCCGAGUUACCACCCCUAUCGCGAGCCACCACAAAAGACUCCUUUGUAUCCUUGUCCCAUACGUCUCUAGUUCGGUCGGCCCCUGGAUCUAUGAAAAGUUCUCGAGCAACAUCUAGAGCACCAACUGCAAGAAGUUCGCGUGCUCCCACUCCUCUACCCGGAGGUGGCGAUGUUGACUUUGAGAUAGGGCCUUUAGAUAGCGAUAAUGAAGAGGAUACCCCCGGCUCAUACAUUCCACAAGCUUCAGCCAUGGCUUUAGAAGGCACAAUGUACGGGUCUUACGCGGAGGAUCCAAUGUAUCGAGGAAGAUCUCCUAGCAUGGCGGAUAGUAUUAUUUCUCACAUGUCUUCGGUUGAUGACAUGACACAACACGAUGCUUUCGAAGACGACUUCUCUUAUGUCCCAUGCUUUACUUUGGAUCAAGCUAGGUCGGCCUUCAGAGACACUGUCUUAGGACUGGAGUAUUUACACUACGAAGGUAUCGUUCACCGAGACAUCAAGCCUGCUAAUCUAUUAUGGACAAAGGAUCAUCGCGUCAAGAUAUCUGAUUUUGGUGUUUCGUAUUUCGGUCGACCUAUCAGAGAAGGAGAGACAGAAGAGAACAUUUCCGAGGCUGACGCAACCGACUUUGAUGACGAUCUAGAGUUGGCUAAGACUGUUGGGACACCUGCCUUUUUCGCUCCCGAAUUAUGCUACACAGAUCUAGAAAUUGAACAGCCAAGAAUUACUGAACAAAUUGAUGUUUGGUCUUUGGGAAUCACUCUAUACUGCCUAGUAUAUGCUCGCAUUCCAUUCAUGGCCGAGGAUGAAUACCAAUUGUUCAAGGCUAUCGCAAAGGAGGACGUCUAUAUACCCAGAAAACGAUUGAAGGCUGUCGAUCCAGGGAAUCCAACCUCACACUUUAGCAGAAGGAUGGGACCAUGGGAUGGGCCAUAUAGGAGUGAGGAUGACUUGUCUUACGAGGAAAUCGAUGAUGAGUUAUACGAUUUGCUCAGAAGAAUGUUAAUCAAAGACCCUGCCGAGCGGAUCAAACUUCGAGAAGUCAAACGACAUCCAUGGACGAUCAAAGGCAUCGAGAACAUUAUUGGAUGGCUUGACGAUACAGAUCCAUCACGCAAGACCGCAGGACGUAGGAUUGAAGUCGACAAGAGCGAAUUGGAACGGGCUGUCGUACCUAUUACAUUUCUGGAGCGAGCUCGAUCGACUUUUAAAAAGACUAUAGGCAAGGUCACAAGUGUGAUGAGAAAUGAUAAGGGUGAAGGGUCCCGUAAGAGAGCUACAAGCAAUGCUACAAACACAAGUUCAGGUACCGAAAACCACACCCAUGCUCCGCCAUAUACUCCUAUUUUGCGCGAGAUAGUUCGUCGAGCUAGUCUUCGUGGAGAUGAAUACUUCUCAUCGUUUGGCGAUUCUCACAAUGAUCAUCAUAAAGAAUCAACGGAACACCCUUUGGCCCAAAGUCAAACGGCUAGCCCUGACUCGCUGCAAUGCGAUCCAUUCCAACAGGACUUUUCCCUUUCUUCCCUGGUAGGAAACACUCCCAAACGUUCUGGAUCCUCUUUGGCAUCAUCAAAUUUUGAUGCGAGACCAGGUCCACCGGAACGCACUAUCUCGGGGACGCCGUCGAUUGCGACGGUCGUUCAUAGAGGCCAUUCAUAUUCGAGAUCUGUAAAUCACGCAUUUUCCGGAAGCCCCACUACAGAAGAAUGUCCAAGAACACCAGGUCCUUUCACAGAUCAUAUGGGACAGAUAUUUGGUGGGCAUUUAUGGAAUCCUAGAGGUCGAGAAUCCUUGACGGAGAUUGAUGAAAGUGCAUCAUCGAGGGCUAGAUCUGCCGACAGGAGUCUUUUCAAAGCCGAAGACAAACAUGCAUCCGCCAUCGUUGGAAUGAGUACUGCUGUUGCCCCUGGACUUUUUAAACACCCCCGUCCAACAUAUUCCUCCGAGAAUAGUCCGAUUGACGCUUAUUUCGACAGGCCAAUACCCUCACCCUUGUUUUUCCACCCGCACAUUUUCGACAAACAUCAGUCGGUUUCGUCAGCAUCAACGCCUAAUGUUAUGAGUACCCAAUAUGCCGCAUCAAUCCUUGACGAUAGACCUGCCACAGCUAAUCGAACCCCGGAAGGGAAAACGCCUGCCCCACGAACAUAUGGUGCGAGUACCCCUGAAUCAUUUCAAAGAGCUCAAGAACAACUAGAUCGAAGAAGGAAGAUGGAAGCAGAUGCAAAUGCAAAACGCCUUGAAUUUCAUAGCUCGAAACUCAAGUUGGAAACUGCACCAUUGAAAAAUUGUCCACCAUCACCUGACGAUGAGAUCUUUGCUCAAAAACAAGAGGAAGCUGCCAGACGUGCUCGGUCAUAUAGCUCAGUUACCUCGACAAGUAUCAUAUCACCUGGUGACAUGAAUUUCCCGUCCGAUGUUAACUCACCUGUUUCAUCAAUAGCUCUUGGUUCGAAUGAACAAUUCUUCCCAUCGGUUCCUUCAUUGCCUGCUUUAGUAUCAGGCUCAUCAUCCGUCUCUGCUGAUCCAGAAGGCGAUAUGCUUCAAGAUCCUGGUAGCUGUCCUUCACAAACCAUCUACGAUACUUCUGAAACAGUCACGCCACCUGUAAUUUCCAAAGAAUCAUCUGAAUCUAAAGCUUCUACAAUUUCUGACGAUCAUGUUGUUAUCCAUCCCGCCUUGAAUCAUCCUUAUGCAGACACAGAUGAAGAGGGAUACAACGGUGAUGGUGAUAACAGUAUGAACGCGGACAUGGAUGAUUCAGAUAGUGACGAAGGCCUCACAAUGAUGAGAAAGAAACCAAAGAUGAAGCUGGCAGCAGUAGGUAGCCAUGGUCGAAGAGGUACAAAUGCAAGUGUUGAAAGCACGGAUACUGCUAAGAAAAUAUCGAUGGAAGGCUGA